UACACUGCUUCUUCUUUUGCUCUCAGUACAAACACAAGUGGCAUCUAUUUCAGCGUGCGCUAUAGCUUAAGGAAUCCCAUGAGGAAUUCACUCUGGGACUAUGAGAUGAGCGCAACGGAUAGCUGUGUGAUUUAAUGCUGACGACUCUUUUCUUUUGCAUCUAAAAGCAGAUAUGUCUGGGAUGGAUGGGCCUGUAGAGGAGAUAAAUGGGACAGAAGUAGACAGCGAGAGUUUCUUGAGGUUCAGCCCUACAUCUGUUUCUACCGGGACGGCCGCUGCCUCAUACGGACGGACUGCCAAUGUUUACGUCUACGUCUCCAUCUUCCUCAGCUUGCUGCUCUUCCUGCUUACCCUGCUGAUCAUUGCUCUUCACAGGCUGAAGAACAUCAUAUCCUCCAGCUCUUCAUAUCCAGAAUGCGGCAGUGAGGCCGGGAGCUCCUUCACUAACAUGAACAUGGAGAUCUGCAGCAUCUCCUCACAGAGAUCAACAGUGUCAUCGCUGUCCUGACAGCUGAGAAAGACAUA